UAAAGGGCCCACCUGGGAGGCUCCAGCCCCUCUGAGACCAGGAGUGUGGACUCUCUCAACAGGCUGACCGAAGGCGAUCCAGCUGGCUCAGGGAUCCAAGGUACCAUAAAGGAGAUAGCCCUCUCACCUUCUCCACUGAAACAGGGAAGUGGGAGCUUCGAGCCCUCAGGCUAACGCUGUCCCCAAGCCACCCCUCACCUGGACAAGAUGAGAGUAUCAGGUCUGCUUCGCUUCCUGGCCUUCACCUUUUUCCUGAUCACCUUGUGGAUCUUUAUUCACAGCUAUACCAGCUUCAGCAUAAAAAACAUUCGUCUGCCCCGCUGGCUGGGUUCAGUCUCCAAGGACUCCCGUGAGUGCCUCCCCACUCUCCCCUUUGCCUUGGGGCACGAUGACCCAGGGUCUCUCCUCCUUGCCCUGCAGGUUUCAGAAAAAUCUCCAAUUCCAGAGUCUGUCCAGCUCUCUCCUCCCAUGAUGAGGAAACUGAGGCUCAGAGAGCUGAACCCUCUUGGCCAACGCAGUGUAGUUGUGAGUGGUGGCGUGGGAGUUGACCUCCCCAUCUGGUCCAGUCCACCCUCUCAACACCUCCUUGCAAAAGGGGCAACACCUCCAGGUCACUGCCUCCAACCCCAGAUGGUAGCGACUGAAGAGGAUGCAGCUCCAGGAAUGGGAUUUUACCUGACCGAGGGGGUAUGGGAGGCCCAGUGUACUGAGAGAUUAUCGAAAAAGAGCAAAGACUGUAAAAAUCAACACCAGCAAUUCAGCCCACACCUGGACCCCAUCUCCCUGAAGCCUCCUGAGUUAUAUUAUGAGGUAGACACAGAGUCACAGCAUCUUGGUGCUGAACGAACACUCAUCAGCCGGAAGGAGGGCAAACGCAAGCACGCGUGCCACCUCCCACCUCGGCUGCUCCCACGGAAGCCCAGAAAUGAGUUCUGGAGUGAUGGUGAUCCGACACACAGCCCCUGCCAAGGGUGGCCUGUUUCCUCCCCAGGGGUCGUGAAGACUAAGUGUAACCUCAGCAGGCCCUGCCCAGCCAACUUCUUUGCGUUUAAAAUCUGCAGCGGGGCCGCCAACGUCGUGGGUCCCACCAUAUGCUUUGAAGACAACAUGAUCAUGAGUCCUGUGAAAAACAAUGUGGGCAGAGGCCUGAACAUUGCCCUGGUGAAUGGAUCCACGGGAAUGGUGCUGAAAAAGGAGUGUUUCGACAUGUAUUCUGGAGAUGCUAUGCCCCUGGUGAAAUUUCUUAAAGAAAUUCUGGAGGAUGAGCUGGUGCUAGUGGCCUCCUACGAUGACCCAGGGACCAAAAUGAAUGACGAAAUCAGGAAGCUCUUCUCCAACUUGGGCAGCUCCUAUGCAGAUCAACUGGGUUUCCGGGACAGCUGGGUCUUCUUAGGGGCCAGAGACAUCAAGAAUAAGAGCCCCUUUGAGCAGUACUUGAAGAACAACCCAGACACAAACAAAUACGAGGGCUGGCCGGAGCUACUGGAGCUGGAGGGCUGUGUGCCCCAGAGGGUAUUUUAG